AUGCCCAACCCAGCAAUUAUAAUCAUCCCCGGCGCCUGGCACAUCCCCCGCCACUACGCGCGCCUUAUCACCCAUCUCUCCAACCACAACUACUCCGCGACAGCCGUAGCCCUCCCCUCUGUGAACUCCAGCCCACCCCUACAAACAUGGGAAGAGGAUGCGCAGGCCGUACGCCAGACCAUAAUGGAGAAACUCGAUCUCGGUCAAGAUGUCAUCGCCAUCGCGCACUCAUUCGGCGGAGUCGCCAUGUCCGAGGCUGUUAAGGGUCUGGGCAAGGAAGAACGCCUGAAGCAAGGUUAUGCUACCAGUGUCCUGCGACUGGUUUACAUGUGCGCUAUGGCAUUGCCAAAGGGCCAGACGCACGUGGGUCAGAUAAAGCCCGUCACACCGGAAGAGGAAGAGCGGGAGAAGAAACAGAAGGAGUAUGCGGAGGAGAAUGGAGGAAUGCAAUUCACCAAUGACGGUGCAAUCAUCCUCCCCAAACACGCCAUCCGCGACAUCUUCUACAACCGCUGCGACCCAGCCGACAUCGACGAGGCAUUAACUCACCUAGGCUCGUUCCCAGUAGGCCCGUUAACCGUGCCAGCUAUGUACACAGCCUACCGCGAGAUCCCCAGUACGUACAUUGUCUGCGAGAAUGACAAUGCGUUGCCGCUUUCUGUGCAGGAGAGGAUGAUUGCGCAGGGUGAGGGAACUUUUCAUGUAGAGAGGUGUCAGGAGGGGCAUUCGCCGUUUUUGAGUAAUCCGGGGUUUGUGGUGGGUUGUUUGAGGAGGGCUGCUGGGGAGGAUGUUUGA